ACAAGUCCCAGAAGCCCCGGGGGCGCAGAGUCCCCCGCCACGCCGCGCAAAGCCUGUCGGGAGUCGGCCCCAGCGGCCAAGAUGUCGCAGACCAAGAAAAGAAAGCUUGAGUCGGGGGGCGGCGGAGAAGGAGGGGAGGGAGCUGAAGAGGAAGAUGGCGGGGAGCAGGAAGCGGCUGUGCCACGACCCCGGAGGAGUAAGCGCGAGCGAGACCAGCUGUACUACGAGUGCUACUCGGACGUGUCGGUCCACGAGGAGAUGAUCGCGGACCGCGUCCGCACCGACGCCUACCGCCUGGGCAUCCUGCGCAACUGGGCCGCGCUACGAGGCAAGACGGUGCUGGACGUGGGCGCGGGCACCGGCAUUCUGAGCGUCUUCUGUGCCCAGGCCGGAGCUCGGCGCGUGUACGCCGUGGAGGCCAGCGCCAUCUGGCAACAGGCCCGGGAGGUGGUGCGGCUCAACGGGCUGGAGGACCGGGUGCACGUCCUGCCAGGCCCGGUGGAGACGGUGGAGUUGCCGGAGCAGGUGGACGCCAUCGUGAGCGAGUGGAUGGGCUACGGACUCCUGCACGAGUCAAUGCUGAGCUCCGUGCUGCACGCGCGGACCAAGUGGCUGAAGGAGGGCGGGCUGCUUCUGCCGGCUUCGGCGGAGCUCUUCGUAGCCCCCAUCAGCGACCAGAUGCUGGAAUGGCGCUUAGGCUUCUGGAGCCAGGUGAAGCAACACUACGGCGUGGACAUGAGCUGCCUGGAGAGCUUCGCCACGCGCUGCCUCAUGGGCCACUCGGAGAUCGUGGUGCAGGGGCUGUCCGGCGAGGACGUGCUGGCCCGGCCGCAGCGCUUUGCUCAGCUCGAGCUGGCCCGAGUCGGCCUGGAGCAGGAGCUGGAGGCCGGGGUGGGCGGGCGCUUCCGCUGCAGCUGCUAUGGCUCAGCGCCCAUGCACGGCUUUGCCAUCUGGUUCCAGGUGACCUUCCCGGGGGGGGACUCAGAGAAACCCCUGGUGCUGUCCACCUCGCCUUUCCACCCGGCCACGCACUGGAAGCAGGCUCUCCUCUACCUGAACGAGCCCGUGCAGGUGGAGCAAGAUACUGAGGUGUCAGGAGAGAUCGCUCUGCUGCCCUCCCGGGACAACCCUCGUCGCCUGCACGUGCAGCUGCGCUACAAAGUGGGGGACCAAGAGGAAAAGACCAAAGACUUUGCCAUGGAGGACUGAGUGUUGCCCUUUCUCCCAGCCACCCCCACCGCAAGGCAGCUUCGCCUGCGUGGGAGAGGCUAGGGAGGUCAGAAGAGAAAGGGAGAGUCUGUGUGCAAGUAGGGGGCAUAUCUUUGUCUCUUUUUCCCUCCUGGUUCCUGGGGAGGUUCCUAGGCACCUUUUGAGGAAAGCCCUAGCGAUGGUGAUUUAAAAAGUGUCCUUCUCCACCCCACGGUGGAUACAGCCUGCUUAAUAAUGGGCUUUUAAGUCUCAAAACCAUAUGGUACCAAGCACUUGUAUUUCCACUUCUUUUAUUUUAUUCGGGGGAAAAAAAAAAAA